AACACGUGGUGAAGAACCGGGUACCACAGUGGAGUACAAUAUGAAAAAGAAGUCGAUCUCGGACACGUUGUUCACCAGACGAGGAUGAUAACAUUGCAUAACUGGUUCUCAGAGCGACUCUUUGAAUAUUCGUCAGGAUGCCAACUGAGAAGAGCGAGCCCCUCCCAGACGUGAACAGUUACGGCGGUUACGAGGAGCUGGUUUCCUUGGUGACGCGCUCCCCGACCUCUCAAGGCCCGUACCGCUGUCCAGUGUCCACCCCGUCAAACUCUCGCCGACCGGACGUGAAAGCGAGGAGGAGGCUGGUUCAAAACUCGCCGCCGCCUCUGCAAAGACUCGACCACAAAGCGUUCAUCGUCCGCUCGUUGGGGAUGGGCCGUCGGAGAUCGCGCGAGUCCAGGGGGUCAGGGUCACCUCAGAAGAACGUGGGCUACUACUUCGUGGACAAGAGUUUCCAGACUCAGGAGGCGGCGCUUACCAACUCGUUCUGGCUGAAAUCUCUGUGUGCGCAACCAGUGGAGGAGAUUCUUGGAAAAUAUCGCAGGAAAUCAGAUUUCCAACGGACAAAGCUUUUGUGGUCGAAGACUUUUUCAACCCCUGGCGAGCAGGCGAUUCUGAGUGCUUGGGAGACCAACACAACUUUCGGAGUUCGGAGACCCACCACUAUGAACGAGCCGAAGAAAGGGCAGUAUAGAGAACUGACGUUGUCGCAGGAGGUGAAGGUCUCCAGCGCGCCGUCCGCUCGACCCAACCGCGACGCCGUCGCCGUCCCCGAUGACAAUGAUGUCCCCCCACCAGCGUCAACACCGCCUGGGUUCUUCAACAAAGAGAACGAGGGCGGCGACAUGAGGAAAGUAAGAGACACGAAAACGCCCAGUCUUGUUAAGUGUGAUCGACCGCCCCCCGCGGUGAAAGCACCUCUGUUCAGUUUGAUGUCCCUGAGCGGCAAACCCAGGAGAGGACACAGGGUGCAGACCAACAAGUAUCUGGGUAGUGAAGACAGGGGUGCGUCCCUCCUCCAGGCACGCUGUGACCAGAGUGAGAUCCUUGGACUGAUGCCCUCGCCUGCUCCUUCAAGUCUCGUUAACAAGACACACCCUGUAGAGACGAAGGAGCAAAAAGGAGUUAAACUGCCACACAUUGGACGUAAAGACAAAUGACACAGUUGACCCUUGUGUUGCUGGUCCACAGCACCGGGAUAAACUAUACACGUUGAAUUACUGGAGUAUACCAGCCACUCUAUUCAUAAGCGGAUUGUUUUAAUAUGACGGUGACACCAGUAUUUUAAUUAUCUUCAAACUAUCUGGUUCUACUAAUACCUGACAACCUUCAGGCGAUGUGGUUAUGCUGUUCCAAUAAUCAAGCCAAUCGUGGAUCACUGUCUGAGACGAGAUAACACCCAAGCAGAGACUAGGACCAGCUGGGAGAUUCGACCCAUCGACACAGGCACCCGAGGCGAGCACUCUGCCGACCGAGUUAGAUUCAACUCCUACAUAAGUUUGUAAAUACGUCGAUGUGUUUUUAAACAGAUAUUACUUUGGAAAACUGCCGGAACCAACACUAGCUCAAUUCAGACUUCUUUUUAAGCGGAGUAGAUCGUGAAUCUGUGGUAGAGAGCUCGUUUCAGGUGUGAUACGUCGUAGGAUCUAUCGGCCUCGGUGGAAUGAUCCACUCGUUUUUUGUUUUGUUUUGUAACCCCCACCCCCCUCCGCACUGCAUCACAGCUGUAUUUAUACCACAUGACAUGAACAAUGCUAUCCGGUAACUGGGAAAUUGCAUAUAAAAUAUCCCGAUUGAGCUCGACAGCGAGUUUCUUAUUUGGCGCUCUCGAUUACAGACAAGUGUUAAAAUAAUCAUAUGUAGAACACCUAAUAGCUAUAAUUCAAACAUGCCGAAUAAUGUCGAAACAAAGAUAAAAUAAUGUAUUGUUUAUAGUUGUGUAUUAAAAUGUUGCUAACGUGUAUUUAGCUAUCAUUCAAUUUAACAAGGUUUUUACGAAGUUUAGCAAGUAAACGCAUGAAUUAAAACUCAUUUGUAUAAUAUUUGCACCGAGGUUUCACUCAUGAUACUUUGUUUAUGAAAGCAUUACAUUGAUUUUGUAAUGUGAAACUGUCGUCUGAUGUGUUAUACAUGCAAGUUAGAUGUGACAAUAAAGUGCAAGGAUGAAUAAAUUACAAUUUUCUUUUUGAUAUAAUCAGUGUUGAAUCGGAUCUAUAGAAUAUAAUAAUAAAUAAAACACAAAGAACCCCCACUAAAAACAACAACACAC